GUCUUUACCCACAAUGCACAGCGAAACAGCCACGUAAACGUAAAGAGUCAUCACCGCUGUCUGUGAUUUAGACGCCUCUGCUCAGUUUAAAAGCAGCACAACAGAUGUCCAUAUGAUGCUACACUCGUUUACCAGGGCUUCAGUGGGAUUGCCAGAGCUGUAAGAUGUCGAUGGUGUUGUUUGCCUCUGUGGUUCGGGUCGGGGAUGGCCUGCCUCUCUCUGCAUCCACUGACUAUGAGCAGGACAAAGAGCUUCAGGAAACCAAGAAACACCUCAAAGGUCUCUCCAAGAAACUCAGCCAGUUCCCUGACCGCUGCACGCUUAAGACUGGACCAUACAAUGUCAAUUUCACAAGCUCACUGGGUGUUGGAUACUUGAUGGUGUGCACCGCAAACUACCCCAACGUGCUGGCCUUCUGCUUCCUGGAUGAGCUACAGAAGGAGUUUAUCGUCACCUAUGACACCAAACGAAUCAGCAGCGCCGUGCGGCCGUACUCCUUUAUUGAAUUUGACACCUUCAUCCAGAAGACCAAACAGCGCUACAACAGCCCACGUUCUCUGUCCACCAAGAUCAACCUGGCUGACAUGCAGACAGAGAUCAAGCUGAGACCGCCCUACCAGCUCUCCCCUGAGGACCUGAGGGCAAUCAAUGGAUUUUCAGUGCACACACCCUCUAAAUACAAGGGCAUAGCUCCCACACAGAUGUUGGAGCCUGUGACCCUACCGGGCAUCGUGUCCUGUGUGCUCAGUGUCCUCUGUGGAGGCCUGAACCUGCUGCGAGGAGUCCACGCUAUAGAGAGCAUACUACAGAAUGACGAUGAAGACUUUAAUUAUGUGAUUGCCUUCUUCCUCGGCACAGCAGCCUGUCUGUAUCAGUGCUACCUGUUUGCCUACUUCUCUGUCUGGAGGAACAGUAAGUCCUUUCUGGCAUUUGCACUCAUCUGUCUGUCCAACAUGUAUCUGUAUGAACUGAGAAACAUGUGGCAGAUCCUCUUCCAUGUGGCGGUGGGGGCCUUCAUGACCCUGCAGAUCAGACUGAGGCAACCGCUGGGAAAAGCGCCAGACUACAACGUCUGACAGAAACUUUAAACACAAAGGACAAACGGACCUUCAGUUGGAUGUCUCGCACACGCCCUGGAAAUGCAGUGGAGAUGGCACUGAUCAGUCUGUGGGCAAAGUGGAAACAAAAGAAAGAAAAACCAAAAUCUUGCAGCACCACAGUAGUCCUGUUCACUACAUCUCAGCACCAGUGGACAGUGACAGAUCUCAGUGUGGACUUUUAGGAAACUCUGCAACCCCAGUCAUUUAUAGAACGUAUUGGAUUGAUUUUUGAGCUGUCUACUCCCCACCAGUGUCUGAUAAAGAUAUUUCCUUUUCCUACUUUCAGUGCAGCCAUAGUUUAGGUCAGAGUCCUGCAUAUGUCUAGUACAAAUACGAUACCUUCCAGUACCAGAGUUCCAGUACCAACACCAAAAUCAUACUUUUUUAAUACCUAACUUAGAGGAAUGUAAUAAUGUUUUUUUCCAUUUAAGAAAUUUAGUUAAACACUCAAAUACAUCAGUGUUUAUUUUUGUAUUAACCCAAAACAAAUGUACUAGAACUUUUCCGAAAAUAAAAUGCUUUCUAAAAUUUGCAAAAUUAUGAUUGAAACCAGGAAAUGUCAGAUCAAAGCGUAAGUAACCAAGACUAAAAUGCAACACACAUUAGCGACAUUAGCCACGUCACAAAGCAUUGCGUCAAUUGACACAACCUCUGGGGCUUAAAAAUGAAGCCAAUGCGAUGUGCCAGAAACAGCAGUUCCUCGAGUGGCCACUUGAGGCUGACUCCAAAAGCGAGUCAAUACCCAUAAGCCCCCAUGUUAAAAUGCUCAAUUUUACAGCAGAAAUAAACGUGUUUACAGCCUGGUACGAAAAAACGAUUUUGUUCUCUAUAGUUAAUUUCCCCCUUCGUGACAACUGUGAGGGGGGGUGAAUUUUUUUGCUGCUAGGUGGUUCAGCAACCAGGACUCAUUUCGCUCACUGAUAAAAUUACUUUAGGAAAGAUGAACAUAAGGCUGCAAGACUGGGCAUUAAUUUAAAUUUCUUGUUCAGUUUUUGUUUUUUCGUCUCUACCAUUGACAACGCCCACAUCCAGUUAAUUUUACGUGUUGUUUUUUUUUUUCUCUACCUGUUACAUGCACUUUUUGCACCUGCGUGUACCUGACCCGGUGCAGGACUCUGAUUUAGGUUUUGGUUUAAAACUAUGCAAUGCUGCCUUGUGUGUAGCCCUCAUUUCAGUUUGGUGUAUUCUGUAUUCAGGAGCCAAUGAUCAUACCUUAUUUUGCAGAUGUUUGUCAUUUUGUAGACAGUUAAUUUUGCUAUUUAUUUAUUGACUGAUUGUUCAGCGACAUGUGGUCAAUGAAGAUUUAAACAGAUUUUAUUAGUUUAAUUUUGUUUUAUGAUUGUUCCAUUUUAUUUUUAACGCAGACUGGCGCCUAGUUGUCACAAAGUAUCUCCUGCUCCAGUAGACACAAACAGCCUGUUAGCAUUCAUACCCUACUUCCUCGCCCACACAGCCUCAAGCAUAUGCCAGUGUCAAGUGACUGUUAAUAAACAGGUCUGCGUUGGCAGCGUAAAGCUGUGUAGCUGUGUCGUCGAGACCAGGGGCAGCCCGUAUCAUCUGAGCAGCCUGUGGCGUGAUUUUCCUCCCACCAAGCCCCACGGUUCAGACAUGGUUGCGUCUGCAACUUAUGAAGACAAAAACUCUCACAAAGUCUCUCACCCUCCGCCUGUGUAAUGGAAAUUAGCACAGUGUUCACAUUUAACAUAAUUACAGUCAGGAGAUGCUACAUUCAUCGUUAUUAGGCAGUGAGAGAUUAGUUCAGGGAAUUAUGGGAAGAUUUCCUGGCUUCCUGCACAUUCCCAACAAACAAUAGCAAACAAACGGAGAGGAGUAGAGAACUCAUGCCUUUAUUGUUCAUUGUUCAUGAGUAACUCAACAGUUGUGCCAAGAUUGUCAAUGUUUUUGUUUGUUUUUUAAUCUCUCUCACUGGAAAAAGUUAAAAGUGAAAAUGAAAAGGAGUGUAGCCACGCAGCUCAACUCCAUUUCCAUCUGGCAUCUGCACUACAGAUCUGUCGGGGGACCGCUGCAACACUUCAGCUUCGUAUGAUUCAUCAUUGGGCUCUCUGAAUGUUCCCUGCUUUUCAACAGCGGUACCACACCUACAUGACCUAAUAGCUCUUUUCACAAUAUGGCUCAGAUUGUUCACAUUGUGUGAGUUUCUCCUUUUCAACAGCAGUUACAUUAGAUGUGUAGUGUGGGUGUGUUGUGUAAAAUAGGAACAGUAAAAUGCAAGGCUUUUUAUACUGGUUUAUCCAAGUAUGGAAAAUGAAUGUGAUCAUUUCCGGGUCUUUAAAUCUUGGGAAUAAACUGCUGAAAACUUA